AUGGCGCCCUAUAACCCCUUCGCCCGUCGAGAGACGCAUAAUGCCCAUGCUUUGAACCUGUACCGGGUCUUUGUGCCCCUCACCUGGGCUCUGGUUGUCGUCGUCGGCAUUUACUAUUCUGUUCACUCGCCCGAUGACACCAAGGGUAGCAAGAAGAUCUGGAAGCAGGCCAACAAGCAUAACACGCCCUUCAGCCAGAACACGACCGUGACCGAGGUAUACUGGAUCCUCCUCCUCCUCUCCCAACUCAGCUACGUCUGGCACCUCUUCUCCAAGGAAUCCACCCUAGUCGCCGCCGCCGCCAACGUCGCCACACAUUUCAUCCUCAACAACCUAUUCGUCCUUGCCUGGAUCCUCCUGUGGACCCGCAACCACUUCUGGGGCUCCGAGAUCAUUCUCAUUGCACACUUCAUCAACCAGGCCAUCACCUACUGGCGUCACCGCGGGCUGCCCGCCUUCGUCCACCUCCCCGCCGUCGCCGGACCCUAUGCCUGGACUCUGACGGCGCUCUUCUGGAACGGCGCCGUCGCCGUGAAUAGCCACAAUCUGCCUGGUCGGAUCGUUGCUAAUAUCUUUAUCUGGGUGAUCCUGCUGGUAGGUUUAUUUGAUAUUGUUGUGCGACAGGAUUAUAUCUUGGGGUAUUGUCUGAGUAUCCUCACGCUGUCGCUGGCACUCCGCCAAGUCGCCGUCAAGAUCAUUGCCUUGCAGUGGAUCUUUGCCUUUGUCAUCUUCGCCGUUUUCUUGGUCACCUCGGUCUAUAUCUCAACUACCAAGUACUACGGCCGUGACAGCUUGUUCCGCAGUGUAGCCCAUCCCGAGUCAACGGACCGUGAGCGCCAACCUCUGCUUAAUGAUGCAGAGGCAUAA